AAAUCAAAAUACAAAUAUUUUUCUAUAUUUUUUUAAGAAUAUUAAAAAAUCUCUAAAAAAAAAAAAUCAGCAAGAAAUGUCUCGAAAACAAACACGCGUUACUGUUCAUGAUGCCGAUGGCGAAUCCCUUGCCAACCAGCCGUUUAUCGAUAAAACAAAAACACCAUCUGCUACGGAACAAGCUAGUUUGGAUUUAAGUGAACAUGGUAGAAUUAGUAUUGAAACAGUUUCUCACGAAGAAUCCUUAACCAUGGAUAAAGAAAACGUAGAAGAUAUUGCACCAAAACAACGUUUGUGCGUUGAAGAUUUUGUUGCUUCUUAUGACGAUGGCCGCAUUGAUUUGGCAUAUCCGGAACACUUGGAAUUCAAAUCCUCGUCGGAGUGCUAUCCUCGAAGUUACUACACCCUUUCUGGUAAAGAAAGAUUACUGCUACUGUUUGCAGAGAACUUCCGACGGCAAUUUAAUAGUUCGUAUCCCAACAGAAGACCAUUACUUUUGGCAACUAAAAAUGAAUGUAAUGUUCAGAAACUUGUUUGCACAACAAUUCGACCUACCGCGUUUCUUUUUCCAUCCUUGAUUUCAAGUCUUGAAGGAUGUGCUGAGUUUGUUGCGGAUUUUAUUGAAUAUCAGCCUUUAGAGAAUCCGGGAGCUCUGCCACCAUUUUUGGUCUCACCUACAACUUUACUUCGACGACGUUGUGGAAAUAGCUUUGAGAUGGCCACUUUACUAUGCAGUAUGCUGAUUGGAGCCGGCUUUCCAGCUUUAGUCGUUUCGGGAUCGGCCAAACGGGAUACUGUUAAUAAUGAUCAACGAAAUGUUAAGUAUUCCUUGCCAGACGAUCAAGAAUGUUCAAAAGACCAAGAUGAAAAGUCUGAGAUUCUGAAAAUGAAAGGAUCCGAUAAAUAUAAGCUUAAGUCAAAACCAGACUUAGUGAGCCAUUUGACAGAUCAGCUCGAACAAAUGAGGUUGGAGAAGGAAAAUCAGGAAAAGUUUUUACGAGAAGAAGCCGAAAGAGUUCAACGAGAGAACCUUGAAGAUGAAGCUUCAUUUAAUGACCCUUAUCGUCUUUCGCAUUCUUGGGUUGUUGUAAUCCACAAUGCUCCAUGGAGUUGUAAGCCUCGCAGCAAGAUUAUAAACGAAGACGGUGAUAAAGUAGAUGCUCCGCCAAGUGCAACUUUCAUAGAGCCUUCUACCGGUUUUCAGCAUGAUCCAUCAUCAAAAGCCUACAUUCACAUUGAAAGUAUUUGGAAUCAUCUCAACUAUUACGUAAAUUUGCAAACUUGUCGCAUUCGUGAUAUGCAAUGGGAUCUUCGAGAUUCAAGUCAUUGGGAACAUCUUUUAGCUGGAGAGCCACCUGAAAUGCGAGUUAAAGAACAAUGUUCUGAUGAGAAUAUAACAAACGAGAGUGGAGAACUUUCUGUCGAAAAACAUUUAGAUAUGGGACGAUCUUGGGUAGAAAAGUUGAAUAUCAGUGAUAAGGAUUUUGAUGAGAGAUAUCCAAAUUUACAUAAGGCAGUUUAUUAUCAUCGAGUUCUACAUGAAAGAUUUUCAAAUUACAUUCAACCAGAUGGGAAAAUGAUGCAGGUGACACUUUUUUCUGAUGAUAAUUAUGAAGUUCCAGAAAUACGUUGGGAUUGGUAUGAAAAUCGUGACGAUUUAUUAACAAACAUUAAGUUUGUUUUCUCUACUGGGCAGACAGAAGAAUCUUUUCAAAAAGGAAGACCAGAUUCAUUAAAACAUUUUAUUCACAAUUCUGAUGAUAAACAACCAAAAAUAUUACAUUUUUAUUCAUCGCCAAGAUUAGACUCAAUGCGUUUGUGUGAAGUACAUAAUAAUAAAAUUAUGUUGCAUUUUGAGAAAUCACCAGGAGCAUGCUUCUACAAAGAAUUUAUUACAAAAUACGACAUGACUAAGCUUCUGGAAAUCACAGAAAAAUUUCAACGAGACACCGUCAAACCCGCCAACGAAGAUAUUUCAAUUCGUUCGUUUUUACUUUCGAAAAAUAAAAUUCUUCUAAAAUUUCACUACGUCUGUGGUGCACUUACUGCCGCAAUCACCGAAUUCAUUAAACCACCAAAGCCGGAUUACGGUCAAGAGAUUAUCUUCGAUCCGUCACUCACAAAAGGAUACAAGUUUGGCGAAUCGAAUCCUGAUCCUACUGAACUAGAACUCUACUUGUUGUUGUUAGACCAACUCAGAGCCGAAGAAUCCGCGAAGAAGUCCUUCGACCGAACCAUUGACGAGUUAAAUAAUAUUUUCGACCGAAGGAAACGUGAAAUCAAACAUACUAAUUUAAAAUUUAGAGCAUUUGAUCCUUUACGAAAUGAAACAGCAAGGAAACUCCGCCUCGAGAGGGACGAAUUGGAGAAGCAAAUAAAAAAGGACAGACGAGUGAAUCUUCCUGAUUUCUUGGCUCCUUAUUUGGUGCCUUACGAUGGUCGUACAUUAAAUCCCAAAGAAUCCUUGACAGCUUAUAAUUCUUGUUUGAAUGAUUUAAAGACGCGAUUUGUGUCUCUUUUGAAUGAACUUCAACGCCGCUAUGAAGAUUUGACAGCUGAAGCACAAUCUUUAAAAAAAUUCUUGGGGAAAUUUCAUAAUAAAUUCGAUGACUUCGAUUAUGAACGUCUAUUGCAGGAAUCAAAGGAUCUCGAAUUGAAUAAGAGGAUGGUGCAAAAGAGAUUAACGAUUACACACGAAGAAGCACAAAAGAAAUAUGAUUUGGUCAAACAGUCAUUGCUCAAGGACAAACGUCUGCAAUUGAAAAGUAUUUCAGUAGUAGGAAAAUAAUGAUUAAAAAAAAAAUGCGAUGAGAGUACUGUGCUACUGGAACGGUUUCAGACAGUUUUUGAUUUUAAAUCGCUUUUUAUGAGUUUUUUUAGGAAAUUUAUUUUGAUAUAAAAUUGAAUUUUUUAUUUAAUUUUUAUCGAUUUAACUUAGAAUUUGUAUGAAUUUUACUCAUCAUUUAAUUGAAAUAAACGAGUUUGAAUAAAUAA